AUGAUUAAUCGACUAGUGUUGGUUGUGGUCGUCGUUUUGGUUCUUGCGAAUGUCGUUAUGUCGGAAAAAUCAGUUCAAACCGUUGCUAGGAAAACUAACCCGAAUGUCGAGCCGAGACAAACCAUUGUACGACCAGAGAGAUGGUGGCCAUACGGAUGGGGUUGGGGAUGGGGCUGGGGAAUAGCCCUUUUCGUACUGGCAAUAGUGAAAGGGUCAAUUCUGCUUGGUGUGUUCGUCAUUUGGGCGUUCUUCAGAGGGUUUGGACACAAGACGGGUGGAUGUGCGCCGAUCAUCAUCAGAGAAUCCCCUCCACCCCCCAUAUUCGGUCACCAUCAUUGGGAUCGCGCCGGCAUUGAUAAUGAAUAUCCUCGGACGAAACGAUCCGUGGAUCACACCGACUCGCAGUUGUUUUGGACCGACAUGGUGACAGACCUGGGGUUCAGCUUUCUUGGCGUUCACUCUAGGGAUUGCAGAAAACGAUUUGUGUGUGAAGUGGAUGUACGAACGCGGCGUGAUCCGUUGAUGAAGAUGGCGAUGAAUAUGUUCGGAGUGGAUAUCUUCCGGCGGUAUCGAGCGGUUGGCGAUCUAACUGGAGAAACAUUUGCAGAGUGCGCCAAGAUCUAUGACAAGUGUAAAAUUGCUGGGCCAUCAGUCUCAUUCAAUGUAAUAAGCGGACAGGUUGAUCCCUUGCAGGAUUACGAUGAUUCUGUGCAGUAUCAAGGAAACGAUGUGUCGAUUUAUGACAGUGAAGAUACAACGAUAACAGAGGAGUCAAUCCCAACUACUACCUUAUUACCACGGAGGAAAUUCUUCAACAAACGAAAGAAGGGGUUCAGUUCUAACAAAUAA